GCUGACAACCCUGGUGAUCAGCUGUUUAUCAGUUCUUGGAAAACGAAAACAAUGAGCAGGGAAUCUGGGGCGUCCAACGCCAAAAAAUGGGCACUUGUUGCUGCUGGAGUUGGUCUAGUCUACGUUCUAGUGCGGCACAGACAGAAGCUGAUUGCGCCCUUGUGGCGAGUCCUGCCCCAUGGCAAUAUUCUACGGAACCGGCGCGUUGAAGUCAUCAACUCCGCCCAGGAUCCUGCCACGCAACUCAUUAUCAAAGAACUGAAACAACACUGCCAGAAAUUCAAAGUGUUAGGAUUCGACUGCGAAUGGAUCACGGUGGGUGGCAGUCGCCGCCCGGUGGCUCUGCUUCAACUUAGCUCCCACCAAGGACUGUGCGCCCUCUUCCGUUUGUGCCACAUGAAGCAGAUACCCAAGGAUCUGCGAGAGCUGCUCGAAGACGAUGCUGUCAUAAAGGUCGGUGUGGCCCCUCAGGAGGAUGCCAUGAAGCUAUCCCACGACUACGGUGUGGGUGUGGCGAGUACGCUUGACCUGCGCUUUCUGUGCGUCAUGGCGGGACACAAGCCCGAGGGGCUUGGAAAGCUGUCGUUUAGACAUCUUGACUACCCGCUAGACAAGAAUUGGCGACUGGCCUGCUCCAACUGGGAGGCGAAGCAGCUGGAACCACCCCAGCUUAACUAUGCUGCCAAUGAUGCCCUAGUGGCUGUCGCAAUAUACGAAAAGUUGUGCAGAGAUUUGGAGCCCCGACACUUUUGGGAUCGACGACAGCUGAAUCACCAGAGUCUGCGUCAGAAAUUUGAACCCUUCCUCGACGUGGACUUCACCAAAGGCUUUUCGCUCAGCGUUACGGCAAACGGAGUCACUCGAAAUAAGCCAGCAUCUGGGACAGGAUCAUCCAAAGAGAAGAAAUUUGUGCCUAAAAAACAGCAAUAUCGUCAGCUCGUCACCCAGUCCAAGGCGUUCUAUGACAACUGUUUUCUCCAGGCUCCAGACGGCGAGCUUCUGUGCACAAUUGAUCGUCGCAAAGCAACAUGGUAUGUGGAUCAAAACUUGGGCACACGCAUUUGUGAGGAGCCGUUAACGGUGCGCCUAAACUUUGAGCCUGCUGGCCGGGCGGUGGGUGAGGUAGGCCGGUACUACCAGACGCCCAAGGAGAAUCGCUGUGUGGUCUGCGGCCAGAGCGAUGCCUAUCUCCGCAAAAACGUUGUGCCUCGAGAGUACAGAAGACACUUUCCGGUAGUAAUGAAAUCACACACCUCCCACGACGUCUUGCUGCUCUGCCCCAGCUGCCAUCAACUGAGUAACAUCUCAGAUUUGCGUGUCAAAAAUAAGCUAGCCGUCCAGUGCGAUGCUCCAUUCAAACACUGCGAUGGAAUGGUUAAGUUUCACGACGACCCAGAACUCAAACGCGUCCAUUCAGCGGGGAAGGCCCUUUUGUAUCAUGGCGACAAGAUACCAGCUGCUAAGGUAGCUUUAAUGCAACAAACGCUUCUGGACUUCUAUACGGAAUGUUCAGAGGUUACUGAAGAUCUAUUGCGGCAGGCAGUCGAAGUCGACUACCGGGUGGAGAACUCUGAAUUCUGUCAGCACGGAGAACGGGUGGUCCAGCAGUACCGUGACCACUUCGGUGGCCUUGUCGAGCUGGAGAGACUUUGGAGAGAGCAUUUCUUGCAAACCAUGCAACCGCGCUUCCUACCCGACCUGUGGAGCGUUAACCAUAAUGCAGAUCGCCUAGAGGUUCGGGCCAAUGAGGGCCGUGUGGACGAAGCCGAUCUAUUGGUGGCUGGAUUAGAUACUAAACCAAAGAUCGGAUGAUUCAGUGUCUUAAUUACGUUGCCACGGGCUUUGUACGUUUUGUAUUUAAAUUUCAAUAAACAUAAACUAAAAUUUGA